GCGCCUUUCGCUCCGGGAUAGCUGGCCCGAAGACCAUGAGCGUGGCGGGUGGCCUUCGCCGCCGCGCGCGACUGUCACGCCUCGUGUCCUUCAGUGCGAGCCACCGGCUGCACAGCCCAUCUCUGAGUGAUGAAGAGAACUUGAAAGUGUUUGGGAAAUGCAACAAUCCAAAUGGCCAUGGACACAACUAUAAAGUUGUGGUGACAGUACACGGAGAGAUUGAUCCUGUUACAGGAAUGGUUAUGAAUUUGACUGACCUCAAAGAAUACAUGGAGGAGGCCAUCAUGAAGCCCCUUGAUCACAAGAACCUGGAUCUGGAUGUGCCCUACUUUGCAGAUGUUGUAAGCACGACAGAAAAUGUAGCUGUUUAUAUCUGGGAAAACCUCCAGAAACUUCUUCCUACAGGAGUUCUUUACAAAGUAAAAGUGUAUGAAACUGACAACAACAUUGUAGUAUAUAAAGGAGAAUAGAGAUUAGGGUUACUAUUAUAGAAAGGCUAAUUGUUUUUCAUAUUUGAAAAAGCUCUUUGUCCCUUUAGAAUAUCUAGCAGUCACCACGCACUUGUGUCUCCACAUUGUAUUCUGAAAUGUCUGAGUGUUAAAAUAACUGUAAGGUCCAUAUUUAAAUGCAUUUAAAAUUCAAACUUUCGGUGUACGCUGAAUUUACUUUUGGUUGAGGAAGCAGGGGAGAGCUGAGGGUUGGGCCAGCUCUCACAUGCUAAGCGUGCCACACCGCACUCCUGCCCUCUCAGUGUCAUUCAGGGUAUCUUUUGUCUAGAGAUUCAAAGUUAUUUCAUUCUCAGCAAAAUGUCUUGGUGUAGAAUUAUUUAGAGGCAAAAUAAACACAUUUCCAUAGUAUGUGUUCUCUGUUAUCUAUUUCAUUUGUAGCAUUUGUAUUUUUCUUGGUAUAAUACAAAUAGUAAAAAUGUUUAUGUGAUUUAUAGUAUAUCAACCUUAGGGGGAAAAUUUUAGAGGGGCAUAAAACUGGAGACUAUAUUUUUUAAAAAAAGAUUUAGUUAUUUUUUACUUGUGUGUGAUGAUAUCUAUAGUUUAGUUUGUUUUUCAUUAUAUAUAUAGUUUAUUUUGGUAUCAUGGCCCAUUUGCAGUUUAUUUGUAUAGUGAUCUUAAACAAAUAACUCAGUUUUUUUCAAUUUAAACUUCUUAUAAGUAAAAUGAGAAAAUACCUUUCAAAGUAAUUGCAGCAAUCCUGCCUUUCAAGUAAUCAAUACAAAAUACUGCACAUGAAUAAAAUCUUGACAACUAAAUCAUACUAAAAUUUAAGUGGGUAUUGCAUUGUCAAAAUUUAUAAUAAUAAAAGCCCUUUAUUUAUCCC